CCCAGCAUGCACCAGCUUUUCCAGCUAGUUCUGGGUCAGAGGGACCUGUCCAGAGCAGGAGAUCUUUUCUCUCUGGACGACAGUGAGAUCGAGGACUGUCUGUCUCAGGCGCUGGAGGAGAUCAAGUCCAUAUCCUGUCAUCCUGAUUACGUGACUAAUGACAAUGACCAGGCGGUGGUGGAGAUCUGCAUCACUCGCAUCACCACGGCGAUCCGGGAGACGAGCUCGAUGGAGCGUCACGGCCCCGCGUUGGUGGCUCUGUGGGAGUCGUGUCUGGAGCACAACCUCCAGCCACAGGGCAAAGACGAGGACACGCCGCACGCCAAGAUCGCCUCGGACAUCACCAGCUGCAUCCUGCAGAACUACAACCGAGCUCCCAUGAUGGCGCUUGGCGUCCCGGUGGCCGUACGCUUCCUGCAGCAGGGGAAUCACGAGCUGAGCCGCAACAUGUCCAGCUACCUGAGCCUGGCCGCCAUCUCCGAAGCCGAGCUCCUCGUCCAGCACGCCCAGGCUAUCAUCACCAGCGUGCUGGGAGGUAACUGCAUGUUGCUGCGGGUUCUUCCCUCCAUUUAUCCUCUAGAACCAGAUUCAAUCCACCGGCACAUCCAGGACCUGGUACUUUUGAUCCCUGAGCUUGAUCAAAUGAGCCGACAGCACCUAAUCCGAUUGCUCCAGAUGAUCGCUGAUAGACACCCACAGGUGUUGACUCCCGUCAUCCCAUCUCUGAUUGAUCACCUGAGCGACGCCUCUUUAAACGAUGCCAUUCUCAACAUGUUGGUGGAUAUCGCCCAGGUUAGCCCCGCCUCACUCAUCCCGUUUCUCCCCGCACUGAAGGUCGAGGGUCAGCAGACACCAGGGCUGCUGGGACAUGUAGCCAAGAUCCAUGGGGUGGUCGGUCUGACCAAUGAGGAUGAGGCGCGGGAUGCUCUGCAGUACCUGGUUUCUCUUUUGGCCUGUACGGAGCACAGCGUCCAUCACACCGUGUUGCUGGAGAUUCACAGCCUGACCGCGCGUUAUGUCUCCAUCCUAGGCGGAGACGCCAAAGACAUCUACCGCAUGAGCAACAGCUUCAGCGCCAUCGCCUGGCUGCUGGGACGCAAACUGCAAUCUGAUGCUUUAAAACCAUGCGAAGAGAACAAGGCGGUUGUAGAUCCGAGGCAGUGCAAAACCGACACCAGGAGUCAUGACGAAGACCAAGUGAAGAUCCAGGCUUUCGAGGAGAAACUGGAGGAGGAGGCGGCUCAGGUGGAAGCCGAAAGGGACUCACCAGGACCGCAGAGGUGCCACAGCCUGGGCCAGGUGGCACAAGACGUACACCAAGACAUCAGGUUUAGUCGGUCUAAGAGUCUGGCUCUGCAUGCCGUGCAGUCACGUUCCAAUAAUCCUGACUGCAUCCAGAAUGCAGAAGGGGAACGAAACACUGAAGACUACCUGAUUGAGGCUGCCCUUUGCCCUGAGACUGGUCCAUCACCUUCCUCUACUCAGGAGGAGCAUGAUGAGCACCAGGACUUGGGGUCUCACCGGGAGGGAGAACAAACAGGCAGGCUGGACCCUCGGGAAAGAGACAGGCUAUGGAAACACCUCCGGGACAACUUGAAGAAGAUCCGAGCCUUCUGCACCGAUAUGGUUACACUGAUCCCGAUGCCCGAGCGCUGUAUCAUAGAAGAUACCCAGCAGGGCUGUGUUGCUAAGCUGUCCUUCUCAUGUCCAAUGAAAGGUCAUUACUGUCUGUACGGAAAAUCCAGCUUCUCGCUGUGCAGCGGUCAGCCCCACCUCUGGAUACGCAUCAUGCUGCUCGCUCUGCAGAGCCGAACUGAAGAACCUCUAAGCUCUGAAGACACGUGUGUGCAGCAGCUCAGGAGACUUUGGGAGAAAACGCAGCUUAAAGGAGCUCACAGCUUCGAACUGGCCAUGACUCAAACUGCUGUACCGCAGAAGAAGGACCUGGACAGUCUGCAGAUUCACCUGGAGGAGGUGCGUUUCUUUGACCUCUUUGGCUACAGUCAGGAGGUUGGAAGCUGGCUGUGCUUCAUGUGCAACAACCCAGAAAAAGCUGCUGUGGUGAAUCAAGACGGCCAGCCGCUCAUCGAGGGCACGCUGAAGGAGAAACAGGUGCGCUGGAAGUUUAUCAAACGCUGGAAAACACGUUACUCCACCCUGGCUGGUAACCAGCUCCUCUUCAGGAAGGGAAAAUCAGAUGAACCGGACGACAACACCAUUGAGCUAAGCAAAAUCCAGAGUGUGAAGGUGGUGGCGAAAAAGCGACGGGACCGCAGCCUACCUCGGGCUUUCGAGAUCUUUACUGACGAUAAGACGUACGUGCUGAAGGCAGAGGAUGAGAAGCACGCAGAGGAAUGGCUGCAGUGCAUCAACGUGGCUGUAGCGCAAGCCAAAGAGCGCGAGAACAGAGAGGCCACGACGUACCUGUAGGUCAGUGCCACCGGGGGCGCUAGAGUCCGAAAGGAAGUAUGGGAAAUGUUAGUGGUAUGACCGAUCUGUUUCGUUGAUGUAAUCGCUUCACUGAAAAUGAGAAAAUGAAGUGAAGAGGUCCUGCGAUGUUCUUGCCAAAGAACUCGCCGUUACUAAACUCUAAACAGUCUUAGCCUUUGAUCACCCAGUACACAGAAUGAAGAUGACAAGAUUAAAGCUGGCUGUUUACCUCAAACGAAAAAGACA